GGCAAGCAGCUAACACGAACAGCAUUUCACAGUUUGUUCUUGGCCGCGUCGGACGUACGUUUUUGUAGUUUCUGUCGCUAACGCAACAGAGGCCGCCCCGCCGAAAGUUUUUGUUGCUUUUCUCAUUCUAUGCGCGCAAUCCCGUGCCUUGGUGUUGGUGUUAGCCAACGCGCCUAAGUGUGUGUGUGUUCAAUGCACUGCCGUGCAGUUCAAAAGGGCAGAACAACCACCACUACCAGUGCAGCAUUGUUUAAGCCUAACUAGUGUGUGUUCUUACCUGCGACAUGGGAAAUUAGUGGCUCAAUCCGAAUCUGUGCUCAAUUCAUUAUUCAAAUUCAGGCUAGAAAGUGUCAUGCGAAAGUGUGCAAAACAAGCAGUGUUUUUUUCUAGAGCUGGACAAAAAAAAAAAAACCUGUUCUAGACCAAGUGCAAGUGUAUGUGUUUGGCAUGCAUGUGCGUGUGUGUGCGUAAAUAAACGUAUUCUAAGCGGCCCAAAAGGCUCCAAUGUAAACCAAACAAACCGAAACGAAACAAAACGAAACCCCUUCUUGGCCAAUACCGAAAACAACAAAAAAGGUACGAUCAUGGCUCAGAUCGUCAAUGCGUCAGCGUCAGCAACCGCAGCAACUGCGCACGUCACACGACAACAGCAACAACAACAACAACGACUACAACAUCAGCAGCAACGGAGCAGAUCAGCAGCAAGAAGAAUGCAGAGCCGAGCCCGAACGAAAAGCGCAGCUCAAAUUACGACGUCGACAGCACAGCAUUUGCUCAAGCGCGCCAUUUCAGCGCCUCAAUGGAUAUUUCUCUUCAUAUUAAUAUAUUUAGCAACAGAUGUUGCCUCCGUUGAGGUGCAAACCCAGGAGGCAUACUUUAAUGGCUCCACUUACCUCCGCCUGACGACGCCGAUGCCCAUUUGGGAUCAUUCGGCAAUUAGUUUCCGCUCGUGCCGGGGCGGUGAGAUACUCGCCCAGCAGUACAACAAAAACUCAAUCGUAAUCUCAGUGCUCAACGAUUUUCUGCAAAUCUCAUUGGCCGGCCCCGCCGUCCAUGGGCCAAACAAUCGUCUGGAUGUGAAAUUGCCCUACCAACUGUUGGACAAUCGCUGGCAUACGCUGCAGUUCAAAUACGAGUACGGCAAUCUCUAUUUGCAUGUGGAUCGUGCGGCAAGCAUAUUUGCCAACUCCACCUACAAUAGCCAGUUUCUGACCAAUCAGGACAUUGGCUACAAAGAUGCCAUCCUGAUACUGGGCAACUCCUUCUCCGGCUGCCUGCUGGAUGGACCCGGACUGCAGUUUGUCAACAAUUCCACCGUACAGAAUGUCGUUUUCGGCGUGUGUCCGCUGACACCGGGACCCUGCAGCGAUCAUGAUUUGUUUACGCGUCUGCCGGAUAACUUUUGUUUGAAUGAUCCGUGCAUGGGCCAUGGCACUUGUUCGUCCAAUUCCGAGGGCUACGAGUGCCGCUGCACGGCCAGGUACUCGGGCAAGAACUGCCAGAAGGACAAUGGCUCGCCCUGCGGCAAGAAUCCCUGUGUGAAUGGUGGCACCUGCCUGGAGAACUCGCGCGGCGACUAUCAGUGCUUCUGCGAUGCCCAGCACAGUGGACAGCAUUGCGAGACGGAGGUGAACAUCCAUCCGCUGUGCCAGUCGAAUCCCUGCCUGAACAACGGCGCCUGCGUGGUGCUCGGCAGCACGGGGAGCAUUGCUUGCGAGUGCCCCAAGGGCUAUGCCGGACCACGCUGCGAGAUCGACACGGACGAGUGUGCCUCGCAGCCGUGCCAGAAUAAUGGCAGCUGCAUCGAUCGCAUCAAUGGCUUCAGCUGCGACUGCUCCGGCACUGGAUACACGGGCGCCUUCUGCCAAACGAAUGUGGAUGAGUGCGACAAGAGUCCGUGCCUGAAUGGCGGACGUUGCUUCGAUACCUACGGCUGGUACACCUGCCAGUGCCUGGACGGCUGGGGCGGUGAGGUGUGCGAGCGACCCAUGACCUGCCAGACCCAACAGUGCCUGAAUGGUGGCUCCUGUGUGGACAAGGCCAUUGGGUUCCAGUGUCUGUGUCCGCCGGAGUACAGUGGAGAACUCUGCCAGCUGGGACCGAGCUGUGCCCAGCAGUGUCCCAUCGAUUCGGAGUGCAUUGGCGGCAAGUGCGUGUGUAAGCCAGGCACAACGGGCCCAAUUGGUCAUUGUCUGCCUACAACAACAACAACAACUACACCGACACCAGAACAACUGCCAACAACAACAGUAGCAAUCACUCUACCAGCAAUUACGAAAACGAAUACAAUUCCAACAACCAGAAUACCACCAAUAAUAACAACAACAACAGCUAGUAAACUUAACAAAAACCAACAACAACAACAACAGUCACCAACCCAUCGAUUGGCCUCCCUGAAUGCAUGUCCCCAAGAAAACUGCUUGAACGGUGGCACCUGCCUGGGAUAUAGUAGCAAUUAUACCUGUAUAUGUGCUAGUGGAUACACAGGCUACAACUGCCAGCAGAGCACCGGCGAUGGUGGAACGGCCGCUGCCAUGGCCCUGACGCCCAUCAAUUGCAAUGCAACCAACGGUAAAUGCCUGAACGGCGGCACAUGCUCGAUGAACGGCACCCACUGCUACUGCGCCGUGGGCUACACGGGAGACCGAUGCGAAAAAGCCGACAAUUGCUCGCCGCUCAACUGCCAGGAGCCGAUGGUGUGCGUGCAGAAUCAGUGCAUCUGCCCGGAGAACAAGGUGUGCAACCAGUGCGCCACGAAGCCCUGCCAGAACGGUGGCGAGUGCCUGGAUCUGCCCAACGGCGACUACGAGUGCAAGUGCGCACGCGGCUGGACGGGCAGGAAUUGCGCCAACGAUGUGGAUGAGUGCACGCUGCACCCAAAGAUCUGCGGCAAUGGCAUUUGCAAGAACGAAAAGGGAUCCUACAAGUGCUACUGCACGCCCGGCUUCACGGGCAUACACUGCGACUCGGAUGUGGAUGAGUGCCUCAGUUUUCCCUGUCUAAAUGGAGCCACGUGCCACAACAAGUUGUUUUUCUUUAAAUACGGAAAGCAUCGGAUAUUGAGACAAAUCAAUGCCUACGAGUGCGUUUGCCAGCCUGGAUAUCGAGGCGAGAACUGCGAGAUUGACAUUGACGAAUGCAUCACCAAUCCCUGCUCCAAUGGAUCCACCUGCAUUGAUAUGAUCAACAACUUUACCUGCUCCUGCAUACCGGGCAUGACGGGCAGGGUCUGCGACAUUGACAUCGACGACUGUGUGGGCGAUCCCUGCCUGAAUGGCGGCCAGUGCAUCGAUCAGUUGGGCAGUUUCCGUUGCGACUGCAGCGGCACUGGCUAUGAGGGACAGAAUUGUGAGCUAAACAUUGACGAGUGUGUGUCCAAUCCGUGUACGAACGGCGCCAAGUGCCUGGACCAAGUCAAGGACUACUUUUGCGAGUGUCAUGCGGGCUACAAAGGCAAAAACUGUGAGCAGGACAUCAAUGAGUGCGAGAGCAAUCCGUGUCAGUACAACAGCAACUGUCUGGAGCGCUCCAAUCAGACGCUCUACCAGUUCAGCCGUCUCACGGACCUGCCCAAAGUGUUUAGUCAGCCAUUCAGCUAUGAGAAUGCCAGCGGCUACGAAUGCGUUUGUGUGCCUGGCAUCAUUGGCAAAAACUGCGAGAUCAACAUAAAUGAGUGCGAGAGCAAUCCCUGCAGCAAGCAUGGCACCUGCAACGAUGGCAUUGGCGCCUACACCUGCGAAUGCGAACCCGGCUUCGAAGGCCCACACUGUGAGGUCAAUAUCGAUGAGUGCGAACGCUUUAAUCCUUGCCAAAGCGGCACCUGCAUUGAUCAAAUCGACGACUACGACUGCGAUUGUGAUGCCAACUUUGGUGGGAAAAACUGUUCCGUGCCGCUGAUUGGUUGCCUCACAAAUCCCUGUCUGAAUAGCGGCACUUGUCGUCCGUAUUUGGUCAACGAGACGAUUCAUCUGUAUAAUUGCACCUGCGAGAAUGGCUUCCAGGGCGACACCUGCGAGAAGACAACCACGCUGUCCAUGGUGGCCACCAGCUUGAUCUCUGUGACCACCGAACGCGAGGAAGGCUAUGACAUUAAUUUGCAAUUUAGAACCACGCUGCCCAAUGGCGUGCUGGCCUUUGGCACCUCCGGCGAGAAGAAUGAGCCUGUCAGCUAUAUUCUAGAGCUGAUUAAUGGACGCCUGAACCUCCACUCGUCGCUGCUCAACAAAUGGGAGGGCGUCUUCAUUGGAUCCAAGCUGAACGACAGCAAUUGGCACAAGGUGUUUGUGGCCAUAAAUACAUCGCAUUUGGUGCUGUCCGCUAACGAUGAGCAGGCCAUAUUCCCCGUGGGCUCAUAUGAGACGGCCAACAACAGUCAGCCCUCGUUUCCGCGCACCUAUUUGGGCGGAACGAUACCCAAUCUGAAGUCUUAUUUGCGGCAUUUGACGCAUCAGCCCUCGGCCUUUGUGGGCUGCAUGCAGGACAUUGUCGUGAAUGGCAAAUGGAUCUUCCCCGACGAGCAGAGCGCCAAUUUCACGUACGGCGACACGAAGCUGGAGAAUGUACAGAGCGGCUGUCCGCGCACCGAGCAGUGCAAACCGAAUCCCUGCCACUCCAAUGGCGAGUGCACAGAUCUGUGGCACACAUUCGCCUGCCACUGUCCGCGGCCAUUCUUUGGACACACCUGCCAGCACAAUAUGACAGCAGCUACAUUUGGGCAUGAGAAUACCACGCACUCGGCAGUGAUUGUGGAGACCACCGAUGUGGGGAGGCGUGCCAUUCGCUCCAUUUUGGAUAUUUCCAUGUUUAUACGCACGCGAGAGCCCACCGGGCAGGUCUUCUAUUUGGGCAGUGAUCCACGCAAGACGCCCACCAAAAACAUUGGCGAUUCGUAUGUGUCGGCCAAGCUGCAUGGCGGCGAGCUGCUCGUGAAGAUGCAGUUCUCUGGCACACCCGAAGCCUACACUGUGGGUGGCCAGAAGCUGGACAAUGGCUACAAUCACCUCAUCGAGGUAGUGCGCAAUCAGACCUUGGUGCAGGUCAAGCUCAAUGGCACCGAGUACUUCCGCAAGACGCUGUCAACGACGGGUCUGCUGGAUGCACAAGUGCUCUAUUUGGGCGGUCCAGCGCCCACACGGGAGUCGCUGCUGCCAGCCAGCACAGAGCCCGGCAUGGAUGAGAGUGCCACAGUGCUGAGCAAGGAGGCGGCCGAUGACAGCAAGGACUACUUCAAGGGCAUCAUCCAGGACGUAAAAGUGAGCAACGGUUCGCUCAAUCUUAUUGUGGAAAUGUAUCCCCUGAAUGUGACGGAUGUGCAAGUGAAUGCCAAGCCUUUGGGUGCUGUCAGCAUUGAUCGUGCUUCGGUGCUGCCAGGCGAAGUUUCCGACGAUCUGUGCCGCAAGAAUCCCUGCCGCCACAAUGCCGAGUGCCGCAACACAUGGAACGACUACAGCUGCAAGUGCCCGAAUGGCUACAAGGGCAAGGAUUGCCAGGAGAUUGAAUUCUGUCAGCUGGUCACCUGCCCGGGCGAGAGUGUCUGCCAGAAUCUGGACGAUGGCUACGAGUGUCUGACCAACACAACAUUCACGGGCCGAGAACGCAGCCCGCUGGCCUUCUUCUACUUCCAGGAACCCCCACCAGCUGAGGAAACUGGCGGCGAGACUGGUCCCAAGCAGACGCUGAAGCCCAGCAUUGAGAUUGCCUAUCGCACACGCGCAGGCGGCACGCUGCUGUUCAUCGAUAAUGCGGACAGUUUCUUUGAGAUUGGUGUGAACGGCGGACGUGUGACCAUCACCUGGAAGCUCACGCAGCUGCACAUUGGCGAGUCGACGCGCUUUGAGAAGGAAAACGCCGACGGAGAGUGGAGUCGCAUCUUCCUGCGGGCACACAAUGGCAAGCUGGAGGGUGGCUGGAAGGGCUGGGAAUCCAUGGUGGAUCCGGCACCAUCCUUCUCCGUCGACAUUGACCAGGCGGCCAUCCAGUACCUGCUCUCGAGCAGCACCCAAGUGUACUUGGGCGGCAUGCCCGAGUCGCGCCAGUCGCGUGGCUCCACGCUCUCCGCCCAGCAGGGCUCCCAGUUCAAGGGCUGCGUGGGCGAGGCGCGUGUGGGUGAUCUGCUGCUGCCGUACUUCUCCAACACCGAACUGUAUCCCCGCACCGAGAACGUGUCCGUGCAGCUGAAGGCCCAGUUCCGCUUGAACACAACACGGCCCGCUGAGGGUUGCAUUCUGUGCUUCCAGACGGACUGCCGCAACGAUGGCUACUGUCGGGCGCCGUCCGAUGAGUAUGAGUGCACCUGUCAGGCGGGCUACGAGGGCGACGACUGCGGCACCGACAUCGAUGAGUGCUUGAACACGGAGUGCCAGAACAAUGGCACCUGCAUCAACCAGGUGGCAGACUUCUUCUGCCAGUGCCAGGAUGGUUUCCAGGGUCGCCACUGCGAGCUGAAUAUCAACGAGUGCGCAGAAUUGCCCUGCCACAAUGGUGGCAACUGCACGGAUCUGAUUGCAGCUUAUUACUGCGAGUGCCCGGAGGAGUACACCGGUCCUCAGUGCGACAUACUCAAGCAGAUGACGUGCGAGAAUGAGCCGUGCCGUAAUGGUUCCAGCUGCGAGAAUGGUUUCAAUGCUUUGACUGGCAAUAACUUCACGUGCACCUGCGCCUCCGGCUUUGAGGGUUCCCUGUGCGAUGUGCCCUUCUGUGAGCGCACGCCCUGCGAUAAUGGUGGACUCUGCCUGACCACAGGACUGUCACCCAUGUGCAAGUGCAGUCUGGGCUACACGGGUCGCCUAUGCGAGCAGGACAUCAACGAAUGCGACUCGAAUCCCUGCCAGAACGCUGGAAAGUGCAUGGAUCUGGUGGGCGGCUACGAGUGCAAUUGCCUGGGCACCGGCUUCGAGGGCAUACACUGUGAGAACGACAUUGACGAGUGCAGUGUGGAGGGCGAGUAUUGCGGCGGCUUGGGUCGCUGCUUCAACAAGCCCGGCUCGUUCCAGUGCAUCUGCGAGAAGCCCCACUGCGGGGCCUAUUGCAACUUUACCGAUCCCUGCAAUGCCACAGAUAUUUGCGGCAAUGGGGGCCGCUGCAUGGAGGAUUGCGGCGCCAAGCCGGACUACUAUUGCAUCUGCACGGAAGGAUUUGCCGGCAAGAAUUGCACCUCACCGAUCGUUGCCAAGGAGGAUGGCCCAUCGACGACAGACAUAGCCAUCAUUGUUAUACCAGUUGUGGUGGUGUUGCUGCUCAUUGCUGGUGCAUUGUUGGGCACCUUUUUGGUGAUGGCACGCAAUAAGCGUGCCACGCGCGGCACCUACAGCCCCAGCGCUCAGGAGUACUGCAAUCCGAGGCUGGAAAUGGACAAUGUGCUGAAGCCGCCGCCGGAGGAACGACUUAUUUAGUUUAAGCAACAAUUGAAAUACGUUUCAAAAGAUAUUCUAAAGUCCGCCCAUAUAAUAGUAAUACCCUAGAGAUGUACACGUAAUGCAAUGUUUUUGUACGUAAGUUUGUAUUAAGGUGCUCAAAGCCAAGCAGCAGAGGAGCAGCCGUAGAGCCCUGCCCCAACAUAUUCACCACCUCGAUGCCUAUGCCUAUGCUUUAGUUAGUUAAUAAUUAAAAAAUGCCGUUGCCUAUUUAUUUGUAGUAAUUUAGAUGGCAAAACCCAAGCACUCUAGUUACGAUUGUAGUCCGUUUAGUUUAGACUCAGUAUUCGUUUAAUCCUGAAGCUGCGAACAAAGUUAUAGCACUGAAAACUGGACACCCAAUAACCGACAUUCCACACCUAGAUCUAUUGUACGAGUAUUUUUGUUUGUAAAUAGAUUUGUAUCGUAUUCCCCCUCACAGAUUUUAACAUUUACAUAACUUAGCUGAGCUAAAAUAUAAAUCCUAUAUGCCUAUUAUAUACUGAAGUAUAUACAACAGGAAAUGUGGCCUUAUAAAACAAAAACUAAAAC